GGACAUGGUUUGAACAAUAACCGAAUAUGCCUGGAAUUCUUUUACUUCACCAAGCUUUUAAGGUCCUCUGCCCACUUCGCCUUAUCACGUUUAGCAUAUGCCUUCAAAUAUUCUACUUCUCACUAUUUUAACCUCUGCUUCUUCUUCUAUGUUAUCCUACAGUCCUACUUUGAACUCUCUGAGCUAAUAAUCUGUUCUGGUCCCUUUUGAGUUAAAGGAGGGACAAUAGCUAUGAAAUUCGGGAAGAGACUGAAAAACCAAAUUCAAGAAACUUUGCCCGAGUGGCGGGAUAAGUUCUUGUCUUACAAGGAUAUGAAGAAGCUUGUCCGGCUCAUCUCUUCUGGGCCGUCGACAUCCGAGGAAUUGCCCGACUCCGGGAAGGCGGAAGCAGAGUUUAUUUACCUCCUGAAUUCCGAGAUCGACAAGUUCAAUUCGUUCUUUGUGGAGCAAGAAGAGGACUUCAUAAUCCGCCAUAGAGAGCUAAAACAGAGGAUCCAAAAGGUGAUUACCACAUAUGGACCAAAUGGAGCUCAACCUUCAGAGGUGGAUUAUAAUAAGGAGAUGGGGAGGAUCAGAAAAGACAUAAUCAACUUCCAUGGAGAAAUGGUGUUGUUGGAAAACUAUAGCAAUAUCAAUUACACAGGGUUGGCUAAGAUAUUGAAGAAGUACGACAAGCGGACUGGAGGUUUGUUGCGAUUACCAUUCAUUCAGAAGGUGUUGCAGCAACCUUUCUUCACAACCGACCUUGUAUCAAAGCUUGUUAAAGAAUGUGAAGACACAAUAGAUGCAGUGUUUCCCGUUAAGGAUGAAGAGGGUAGAAGAGAAGAAAAAGGGGAGAGAAAAGUAGCAAUGUUACCUGGUCAGAGCAUUUUCAGGAAUACCGUUGCUGCUCUAGUUACCAUGCAAGAGAUGAGAAAGGGGAGCUCUACAUACAGUCACUUUUCACUUCCUCCUCUCAACUUGACAGACUCAAAUUAUUCAGUCCUUCCAACUUGACUCUCCCAUUCGUAUUCUCUAAUACAAAAAAGAAAUAUCAAAUGAAAAUUUAUAGUUAUUACAGAGUACAUACUUCUGUUAUUUUUCUCUUUUUCUUUCAAUUAGAUUAUCAUUAUUGUUCCUUAAUUUAGGUGUGAUGAUGAAAAAGAAUGUCUGAUAAACAUAACAUAUGAGCAGAUUCAUAUGUUUGGAACACAAAGGCAAUUAUGCACUAUAUGUAUUGUCUUGAUCUAUAAUUGGGUAAUAUUCAAGAAAGGAAAGUCAUACUUUUUAUAA